AUGCGCCCCCUCCAAGGUGUUCGCCCUCUAUCCUGGACUCGAGUCGUUCCUCGCGUUCACCGGCAAACGCGAUGCGUUCAGAUUCGCGCCGCGCCCUCGGGAGUGCCUUCGGUUAGUGGCGAUAAUCUGCCACUCGCUAGCACGCCCAGCUCUGUUGAAUCACGAGAUGCGCGCUUCGAUGUUGUCGGCGCUCCAUACUCGCUUCUUUCGGUUUCGCUCUCGGCCUCGCAGAACCUAUACACACGACGAGGAACGCUGGUUGGAUUGAGCGGAAAGGCGGAUAAUGUGAUUUCCACAUUGAGCGUUCUAGAACCCUUCCGGAGGGCUAUCGUCGGAGUGCCAUUUCUUUAUCAGAAGAUCUCCUCGCCAAGUCCUGUCACAGCUCUUGUCUCCGUUCGAUCGCCCAAUACCUCAUUCGCCGUUGUCAACGUCAAUGGUUCCGUUGACUGGAUGGUUGCCCAAAGACGGGCUUUGCUUGCAUGGACGGGCCGGUCUCUGACCAUCAAGCCUACUAUCAACGCAAACCUAAGCUUGUCUCAUUGGGGUAGCUCCGAGGUGACCGGCAGAGGUUUAAUAGCGUUGGUCGGAAACGGACAGCUAUACUCUGUCGAAUUGAAGGAUGGAGAGCAAUACAUUGCGCAUCCCAGCAAUGUGGUCGCUUACACCAUGGCCUCCAAUCCUCCUCGCCCCUACCGUUUCAAAUCCACCACUCUCAACUUCCAGGUUCCGGGUCUGAAGACGCUACCAAGACUUCUACAGAAUGCCAAGUUCGUUCGUGACGUGUCUGAUUCCAAGGCAUACAAAAUUGCUAUGCAGUGGUUCCACAAGCUGCGUACUUGGUCUCGAAUGACCAUCUGGGGAGAUAGACUCUUCCUGCAGUUUGAUGGUCCCACAACCGUCCUCAUCCAAUCCCGUGGUCCUCGCCUCAACGACGUUUUGUCCGCGCAGGAAGUUAAUGAGAUUGCCAAUGUCCCUAGUGGCUUCACCUUGUCCCCUAGUACAUCCGCUCCUCGGUCCACCGAAAGCGGGAAGGAAAUAGAGGAAAAGCCAGUAGACGAAAGGACAGAAGCCGAAAAGGCCGUCAGCAAUGUCCCUGGCCUGACGCGCUCUGUCCAGGAACUAGAGAAUGACAUCGAAGGGACGCGCCGAAGCGUUGCAGAGAUUCGCAAAGAUGGGAAGGUCAAAUUCGACGAAGUUUCUCGCACAAACUAA